AUGUCUGGAAGUGAUAAACCUGCUGGCUCCGGGCGGGAGGUUCCUACGCCAAUUUCGUCACACGCAAUCGCUCCUCCAUCACAUGGCAGAGUUCUCAGCCUUGGAGCGAAGAGAGAUCCCGCGCUACGGGCUACCCAGAGCCAAGGGACCUGGGGACUUUUGAGUGACCAAGCGGCUAGUGAUCUGAUUACUCACGAGAGGCCCGCCAUCAUGUCCGAUACACAACAGCUUCUGGAGCCUGCACAGCCACCCAAGAAAGAGAAUGUCAUCUUCCGAGGGGAAAACUUCCGGACUCAAUAUUAUGGUGGAAGUAAUCCCACUAGUUUGAUAGGCGAUUUCCCUGAGCUGCGCUCAUUCAUGCGGGACAGCAUCAAAUUACAUCCAUCCCUACCACGUGUCCAACGCGAGUUGAAAUCACUGCAAAUGAAGUGGAAAGUGGAGAAACCUUCCUUAUCUCCAUCUGUGAACGCGAAUCUUCUCCACUUGUUCCCAGAAGAAGACAUCGCUGACCAAUUAAUCCACAUCUAUCUUGACACAGUGGAGACAACGUAUCGGAUUGUCCACGUACCUAGCUUUUGGGAAGAGUACAAAGCCUUCCAGGAAAAUAAACUCUCGGCAAGGCCGGCUUUCUUGGUUCUCAUGUUGUUGAUGAUGUCCACUGCAAGCUGUCUAUCCAAUGAAAGCGUCACAUAUGUGGGGGACAGUACAGUGGCGCGCGAACGGGCGGCCUUGUGGAUUGAGGUUUCUGAGCAGUGGCUUCAAAAACAAAGCCACAAACAUACCUAUUUGAGCAUAUGGCAGAUCCGAUGUCUGACACUAGUCUCGAAGCAAGUCAACGUUAUCAAGAAGAAACGCAUCUGGACGGAGGCCGGAACACUUCUCCGACAGGCAAUGGCCGCGGGUUUCCACCGAGACCCAGGCUUCCUUGGAGAGAAGGUGUCGGGCUUUGACCAAGAGAUGCGACGUCGGUUAUGGAACACGAUUACCGAGUUGGAACUUCAAGCUUCUAUCGAUCGUGGGAUGCCGUCUUCUUCUGCGGGUAUAUUCUCAGACUGUCAUUCAAUUCUAAACAUUGAUGAUGCAGAUAUCAGAGACGACGAUAUGAACGAGUCUUGUGCAAAGCAAUGGGAUGAAUACACCAGAAGUUCCUUUCUGAAUAUUUCAAGAUCCAGCUUUGCUCUCAGAGUCUCGCUGAACUCUGUUGUCAACGACCUCAGCUCUCCACUACAAUGGGAACAGAUUGCAAGUUAUGAAGAACUUGUGAUGGCUGAACUCGAAAAACUCCCUACAUGGACAGCAUCAACGGCGGGUAUCGAUGAGGGUGCUUUAGCCGGUUCUAUUCUUCAGAUCCAAUUGAGGCAAUUUUUGAUUCUUCUUCAUACGCCAUUCGCCAGAAAGAGAGUUCCCGACUCCCGAUCUUCCGUUUCGCGAAUGAUAUGCUUCCAAGCAGCAACAAAGACACUGGAGCAAGUUCAACAUCUCACUCAAUACAAUUAUUACUUUUUUCUGCUCUUUCGGCAAGAGUAUUUCCGCGCAGCUUUGGUGGUCUGUCACAAUGCUUUCAUCUGUUAUAAUGUGAUAGGAGACCUUUUUGGGGCAAACAUCUCAUCAUUCAUACGCUACCUGGAAGACUCCUUAAUCUUCUUUGAAGAUAGAAUUACUCGAAUCGGCACGGAUUUUACACGAUACUGGUAUAUCUCCGCAGCCCGUGCUUUGCUACGCUCGGUAGUAGAUCCAUCGAAUGCUACGGCACAGGAACAACAGGCGAUUGAGCAAGUAGCAAGACAAUACUAUCGAGUUCGCGCAUCACAGGAGGAUCUCCACUCAGCUAAGAUCAAACUCAAACUGACAGAAGCGUUGACUCAAAGCUCAAACGAGGCGGUGGACAUUCCCAAUCUUCCUUUUGGCAAUGGAGCAAUGCCAACAAUUGAACUUCCGUUAGAGGCUUUGGAAGAGGAGUUUUUCUUUGGAGAUCCGGCAGCUUGGACGUUUGAUAAUUUUGAUUUUCUGUAG